AAUGGAGAUCAUGAAGACUUUUAUCCACCGUGUGAAGGAAAUGUAUGUACACUAAGAUAACGUGGUGUGGAGUGGCUGCUCUGGCAGGCAGAACCACGAUCAAUGAGACGCUUUAAAUUGUCUGGAUAUUUCCCAAAGAAAUCUCUCCGUUCUCGAUGACCAUUUCCUUCCUUUUUUCUUUCUUUUUAGACCAGUCUACACGAAAUUUACUACUCAUCGGGCCUUUUCUUCCUUGAGAAGGAUUCGAGAUAAAAACGAAUAACACAAUCGUCAUUGCGAGAAGUACCGAUAAAAUGGCCAAUCCUACAGCCGUCAGCAUGGUCAAACCACCACUCCGACGCGCGUGGUGGAAAGAAAGCAGCGUCUACCAGAUCUAUCCCGCCUCGUUCAAAUCCGCUUGCUCCAUAGUGUCCAAGAGCCGUGACGGCGAGGACGAAAUCAAGGGCGACAUCCGGGGCAUCAUCUCACAGGUUCCCUAUCUCUCCCGGUUGGGGGUCGACAUCGUCUGGCUCUCACCGAUCCUCCAGUCCCCCCAGGUCGACAUGGGCUACGACAUUUCGGAUUACCUGUCGAUCGACCGGCUCUACGGCAUCAUGGAGGACCACGACGAGCUCAUCUCGGCCCUCCACGCUCGCGGGAUGAAGUACGUCAUGGACCUGGUGGUGAACCACACCUCGUCGGAGCACGCCUGGUUCUUGGAGUCGCGCUCUUCCAAGACCUCGCCUAAACGGGACUGGUACUUUUGGAGGCCCGCGCGGUACUCGGAGGAGACGGGUGAACGCAUGCCUCCCAACAACUGGGAGUCGGCCUUCUCCGGCAGCGCCUGGACGUGGGACGACGAGACGCAAGAGUACUAUCUGCAUCUCUUCGCCCCCGAGCAACCCGACCUGAACUGGGACAACCCGGAGGUCCGUGAAGCGGUCCACGACGUCGUCCGGUUCUGGCUCGACCGCGGGGUCGACGGGUUUCGCAUGGACGUGAUCAAUUUCAUCAGCAAGACCCCCGGGUUACCCGACGCGGACGUCAUCAAACCUGGGUUUUUGCAACCGGGGACUCAACACUUCGCCUGUGGCCCUCAUCUCCACGAGUACUUGCGGGGUUUGGGUACGAUCCUACGACGGUACGACGCCUUCAGCGUGGGGGAGAUGCCGGGAGUGUUCGACACGAAAGAGAUCAUCAAGGCCGUCGGUCAGGACCGGGGGGAAUUGGCCAUGGUCUUUCAGUUCGAGAUUGUACAAAUGGACGGGGCUCGGGACAAAGGGUCGAAAUGGUACCACCGGGAUUUCGAACCCAGCGAAUUGAAGAGGGUCGUGGACAAGUGGAACAAGUUCAUGAUUGAGAAUGCCGGUUGGAAUGCCGUUUUCAUGGAGAAUCACGACCAAGGUAGGACCGUUUCGAGGUACGCCGACGAGAGUGACGAGUACAGAGGGAAAAGCGCCAAAAUGUUGGCGGCUCACAUGGCCCUUCAGAGUGGUACGGUUUUUGUCUACCAAGGUCAAGAAUUGGGUCAAGUCAAUCUCCCAAAAGACUGGGGGAUGGAGGAGUACAAGGAUAUCGAGGUUCUGAAUCAUUGGAAGACGGUGUUGGAGGAGUACCCGGACGACCUCGAGAUGCAGGAAAUGUUCAAGAAGCAGUACCGAUUGAUCGGUCGAGAUAACGCCAGGACCCCCAUGCAGUGGGAUGACAACGAUGAGACGUACGGAGGGUUCUUGUCAGACACCAACAGACCAAGAAAGGGUGUCAAACCAUGGAUGAGGGUACAUGAUGAUUUCAAAAAUUGGAACGCAGCAAAACAGGUGGACGACCAAAACAGUCCUUAUCAUUAUUGGAAAAGAGUCUUGGAUUUGAGAAGACAGUACAAGAAUUGUUUCGUCUAUGGAGAUUUUGAAAUGUUGGACAUGGACCAUGAUUGUGUCGUCGCGUACGUCAGGACCGACAUGGCGAUUGAGACGGGAACAACGUCAACGACAAAAACAAAAUGUUUGGUCUUGACGAACUUUUCGGGGACAGAAACAUGGUGGACCGUCCCAUCUUCAGCCACCGAGAUCAUGAUUGAUGAACAGACAACAAAACUAAAGGCGAGUGCCGUGGUUGAUGAUUUACGGAAUUACAACGACGCAAAAGACCAGACCAACAAGGUCAAAAAGGACGAAACGAGUGGACAGUGGAGUAUACUCCUGAGGCCUUGGGAAGUUGUUGUCGCCAUGAUAUAACAUGGCACUCUACAAAGUACGCU